AUGAGGUGCGCAGUUGACGCUGCUUGCUGUCUCCUACUCGACAUUGUUCUGAUUAAUCUUGCCGAAUCCAUCAAGGCCUUCUAUCUAAACCAGCGGAGUGCAGCCAUGUUGGCAGUCAAGAAGGAGGGGCUGAAGCUCAGCACGCUCAAGGCGGAGGACCAGGAGGCCCCGGCCAUCUCUGAGAGCUUCGAAGUAGACGCAGACUCAACAGCGCCGCAUGCAGCCAUCCCUGCAUCCACGCUCGUGCCCUUCCCGCUGUUGCUGAGCGCGGAGGCCUACACCCCCUGGACCAUCCCCUUCCGCAGCGCCAAGGACCCCCCCGGCCAGCUCACUGACACCGAGACCACGUGGAUUGAUGUCUUCCGCCGCAGCAUUGAGCCCUUUGGGAAGCGAGCAGCCGGCGACGAGUCUGUGGAGAACGCUGCAGAGAAAGCCAAGGUCUUCGAAGAGAAAUACACAGCAAUUCUCGAUGAUUUCACCAAGGACCCUAGCAGCCACGGAGGCCCUCCCAACCCAGUAAAUCUGUGCCGGCUGAGAGAAGUCUGCUUGACAGAGGCAGGCUUCAAAGACAUCUUCAAGAAGACCAAGGCGGAGGAGAACGAGAAGGCGCUGGCGAUGCUGCCGGCGACGCUGAAGAGAAUCGAUGCGGCGGAGGAGAACGAGAAGGCGCUGGCGAUGCUGCCGGCAACGCUGAAGAGAAUCGAUGCGGUGGAGGACCUUAAAGAGAGGAUAGAGGUGCUCGUCAAGGGCGUGCUGGCUGGGAACAUCUUCGACCUGGGCGCCAACAACUCCGCAGCGCUGGUGGAGGGCGAGGGCCUGUCAUUCGAGAAGAGCUUCGAGCAGCUGCUGCCACGCCCGUGGGUGUUUGACCACGUGGCCGAGUUCCAGAAGGCGUGGCUCGACCGCACGUGGAAGAAGGUGGUCGUCUUCUGUGACAAUUCGGGAGCAGAUCUCGUGUUGGGGGUGCUGCCGCUGGUGAGGGAGCUGGUGAGGCAAGGCGCACAGGUGGUGGUGGCAGCUAACGACAUGCCCUCCAUCAAUGACGUCACCUACAAUGAGCUGCUGUCGCUUGUGCAAAAGGUGCAAGUGACAGUAGAGGACGAGACUAUAAGCGCAGGCAUUGACAGUGGGCGUAUCCUUAUUGUCAACUCAGGCAGCGAUGUUCCUGUUGCUGACCUGGCACACAUCUCCCCUGAGCUGGCAUUUGCUGCUGAAGACGCUGAGCUGGUCAUUAUGGAAGGCAUGGGUCGUGCCAUAGAGACCAAUCUGCAUGCGCUCUUGACAUGUGACAAGCUCAACAUCGGCAUGGUGAAGCACAAGGAGGUGGCUGAUUUUCUGGGUGGUCGCAUCUAUGACUGUGUGGUCAAAUACACCCCGGGAGACUAUGUCCCCACCCCCUCCCGAGCUCCCAAGGUCCCAACGCACCUGUCAUCUGCAUGA